AUGGCGCGUCCGCUGCUCGUCCGCCUGGCGCUGCGCCUGCGACUUUGCGCCUACUGGUCGCUCGUCGGCGCCUUUUGCGCGCUUUGCGGCGCCGCCGCGCUGCUGCGGCUCUGCUGGAGCGCCAUCGCGCGGCCGACGGCCACCUUCCGCUGGACGCUGCGAGAGGCGCCGCCGGCGUGUCUGCACGACACGUCCUUGGGCACGCACUGCUACGUGCGGAUCAAGGAGUCGGGCCUGAGAUUUCACUACGUGGCGGCAGGUGAGCGGGGGAAGCCCCUCAUGCUCUUUCUGCACGGAUUCCCCGAGUUCUGGUUCUCCUGGCGCUACCAGCUACGUGAGUUCAAAAGCGAGUUCCGCGUGGUGGCAGCCGACAUGCGCGGCUACGGCGAGUCCGACAUGCCGCUGGCCGUGGACAGCUACCGGCCUGAAGCGUUGCUCACCGACGUCAAGGACCUGGUGGAGCACCUUGGCUACAACCGUUGCUUCCUGGUGGGACACGACUGGGGUGGCACCGUCGCGUGGCUGUUCGCCAUCAACUACCCCGAAAUGGUCGCCAAGCUCAUCGUGCUCAACUGUCCUCACCCGUCCGUCUACGCGGACUACGCCUUGCGUCACCCCAGCCAGAUGUUGAAAUGCAGCCACUUCUUCUUCUUCCAGCUGCCUCGCCUGCCCGAGCUCAUGCUCUCCAUCGACGACUUUAAGGCUCUGAAAUCGUUGUUCACCAGCCGGAGCACCGGAAUGGCCCGGAAAGGAAAAUGGCUGACUGCGGAAGAGCUGGAAGCGUACCUGUACACGCUUUCGCAGCCGGGAGCUUUGACGGCGGCGCUCAACUACUUCAGGAAUGUGUUCAGCUCUCUACCGCUGACACGCAACCAGGUGCGCUCUCCGGUUCUGCUACUAUGGGGCGAGCGCGACGCUUUCGUGGAGCAGGAAAUGGCGGAGGCGUGUCGCGUGCACAUCCGCAGCCACUUCCGCCUCAACGUCAUCUCCGGGGCCAGCCACUGGCUGCAGCAGGACCAGCCCGACAUCGUCAACACGCUCAUGUGGACCUUCCUCAAGGAGGGCGACAGCCGCAAGGGACACAGGAACUGA